UAAACGCGUUUUGAACAACCUUUUGUUUAUAAAUCCAUAUUUGUCCAUAUUUUUCCAUUCUAGAACCCAACACCAGCUAAAAUUGCCAGUAAAUUGAAGUAUUAUGUUUUGUAUUUAUCAUUAUCAAUUCUGUCAGCUUUAAACCGUGGAAAUCGUACUUAUUUGUCCACAAAAGAAAAGAAAAACGUGAGAGAUAUAGUGCUCAAGGUCGCAAGUACCUAACUACACAGGAAGAAUUCGCUAAAAAUAGUGUUUUCUUGUCGAUUCGAAUAAGUGAAAAAGCGAGCAGAGGCUGUGAUAUAAGUAUUUUAUGGUAUUCAAUUUAAAUAAUCAAUCGGUCAUGUCCAACAAAUUCGACACACUAAAAUAUCACCAAGAAGAAAACUCAGACAAUGAAGACGACAUAGGCCCCAAUAUAACAGAUCUGGGGCCUGUGGAAUAUCCACAAGGCGAACACAGACUACAGCACGCUUAUUGUUUGUGGUUUUCCAAAAGACCUUCCCAAACACAAGUUCUAGGCUCUCAGAAUUAUAGUCAGGCCUUGCGUUUGGUGGGUCAGGUGGGUACUGUUGAACAAUGGUGGGCCCUGUACUCUCAUAUAAUUAGGUUACACGAUAUACCGGCGCACAGAGACUUACAUCUAUUUAAGAAAGGUAUAAAACCUAUGUGGGAGGAUCCUGCUAAUAAAAAAGGUGGCAAAUGGGUGAUAAGAUUAAAAAAAGAACAGGCAGCAAGGGCGUGGGAAAAUCUGUGUAUGGCAAUGUUAGGAGAACAAUUUAUGGCUGGUAAUGAAAUAUGCGGGGUUGUGGUGUCGACAAGGUAUCAAGAGUAUUUGUUGAGUGUCUGGCAUCGAACUUCAGCGGAUCAAGCCAUGAUUGCCAGGAUCCGGGACGCCUUGAAGCGUUUGUUGAAUAUACCACCAAGUGCCACUAUGGAGUACAAAAUACACAAUGACUGCCUCAAAUAUGGGGCUGCAAAACAAAUACAAAAUAGUAUGGUGAAAAGUUGACUUGACUGUUGCGAUGCUACACAACUGACUGCUUUGAGGACUGUAGAAGGGUCUGAAAAGUGCACACCGUGACAAUUAAGUUUUAAACAAAUCAAAACAAGAAGGUUGUUUUUUUCUUGUUAAAAUAACUCUUCAAAUAUAUUUGUUAAAACAA